AACGGGUGGAUGAAGCAUACCCUAAGCGGUUUACCCCUUUCAAACAAUUCUCAGUACCAAUGUCCUCCUCUACUCUCUCACCAUCACUCUCUUCGCCUUUCCUUCACGAUUCUUCACCUUCUCGCCAUGCACCUCGAUGCUUCAAAUCCUUUUCUGCAAAGUGCUCCCUCGACCAUAUCCCCAAACAAUUCAGAAAGGAAAAUCUCAAAGACGGAUUGAUGGAUAACUACAAGAAUGCACCCCAGUUUCUAUAUGGUCUUACUCCCUCACAAAUGGACAUGUUCGUGAAUGCAGACAAUCCUAUGCAUCAGAUGUCUGAAAAAGUUACCGAGGAAAGCAUUUCAUCUGCUAAAAGUUAUUUGAAUCAUAGUGGGAUGGGUAGGGUAUCUUGCACGGAGAAUAAUGGCUCUUCAAGACACAGCAUGAGUGUUAGUAUGUAUCAAGGAGGUAGGGGAAUGGGAAGGCCCAGAAAAGCUCCACCGGAUUUGCCUUCUUUGCUUUUGGAUGCUCGGAUAUGUUAUCUGGGUAUGCCGAUUGUACCAGCUGUGACAGAACUUAUUCUGGCUCAACUUAUGUGGUUGGAUUAUGAUAACCCUGCCAAACCCCUUUAUUUAUAUAUUAAUUCGUCUGGGACUCAGAAUGAGAAGAAUGAGACUGUGGGAUCAGAAACUGAUGCUUAUUCCAUCGCUGAUAUGCUUUAUUAUGUCAAAUCAGAUGUCUAUACCGUGAAUUUGGCCAUGGCAUAUGGCCAAGCAGCAAUGCUUUUGGCUGCUGGAAAAAAAGGUUAUCGUGCUGUACUGCCACAUUCAUCCACAAAAGUAUUUCUCCCAAAAGUCCACAGAUCAAGUGGUUCUGUUGUAGAUAUGUGGAUUAAGGCAAAAGAGCUCGAGGCAAAUGCCGAUUAUUACAUUGAGCUGGUGGCAAAAGGAACAGGGAAAUCAAAGGAAGAAAUAGCUAAAGAUGUCCAGAGGACUAAAUAUUUCCAAGCACAGGAAGCCAUAGACUACGGACUUGCUGACAAAAUAAUGGACUCAGGAGAAGCUGCAUAUGAAAAACGGAAUUAUAAUGAAAUGCGCGCUACAAGAGCACUCAGGAGACAAUCUGGUGGGAGCCCUCAAGCGGCUCCUUCGGGACUUUAGGUUAUUUCACACAAAAAAUAUUAUGUUUCUUAUGCAUUUCCAUAUACAAAACCUUUAAAGGGUGUUGGUGGGUUUGGUUUAAGUCGAUAGCUAGUAUAGAAAGGUGAAGCAGCUAUCUUCUCUUAUAUCGAGGCCAGAUGGAAUUUUCACCAGUUAGUAUCUUGAGUCUGUAUCUUGGCUUUGGGGUUAUCUGUUAUGGACUUGUAUUACAUGAAUUACCCAUGCUUUGUUUCAACUAAAGAAAAUGACCAGGCCUUGGGGAUUAUUUUCUUAAGUUGUAAAUAUCAAAUCGUUAUCAGAUGAACUUCACGGCUGCAUUAUAUUUUACCUUUGUUUCAUUUUUCA